GCGCUCUCCCCUCCCCCGGUCACUCGCAAAACCGCAAGUGAGGAGCGGUGUGACGCACCGGACCGGCAGUAGACGGGACUCUUCCCGGGAGUGAGCUCGAGUGUGUGUGAGAGAGAGAGUGAGAGUGUGUGCGGGGCCACCACCGAGCAACAUGUUCCCAGCGUGGAGACGGAAAAGGCGCACCGGGGGCUCGACGGUGGCGCCGCCGCGAACCAUGGUGGUUACAGCUGGACAGGUCGGACAGGUGUGGAUCUCCUGUUGGAUUCUGCUGUCGGCGACUUGUAUCCUCAGAGCCAGCGCUCAAGUAGAUGACGUCCCACCUUAUUUUAAGAUGGAGCCUCCUCAGACACAGGUUCACCUGGAGGGGAACCGCCUGGUCCUGACCUGUAUGGCCGAGGGCAGCUGGCCCCUGGAAUUCAAAUGGAUCUAUAAUGGGACUGAACUCACACGUUUCUCCUUGGAAUACAGGUACCUGAUGCCCUCACUGGACCGUUCACACGCUGGCCACUACCGCUGCAUUGUGAGGAACCGAGUGGGUGCAAUAAUGCAGUGCAGCACCGAAGUGCAGGUUGCCUAUAUGGGUGGUUUUGUGGAGGGUGAGAGGUCUCAAACAGUUUCCCAGGGUGAGGGUGCUCUCAUCCACGUGCCGCAGAUUCACAGCUUCCCCAAGCCACAGAUCACCUGGUUCAGAGACGGGCGUAAGAUUCCCUCCAGCAGCCGUAUUGCUAUCACGCUGGACAACACACUGGUCAUCCUGUCCACGGUCGCCCCUGAUGCUGGUCGCUACUACGCCCAGGCGGUUAAUGACAAGAAUGGCGAGAACAAAACCAGUCUGCCCAUCACACUCACAGUGGAGAAUGUCGGAGGACCCGUAGACCCCAUCGCCCCCACUAUCAUCAUCCCCCCGAGGAACACCAGUGUAACAGUGGGGAGAAAUGAAGCCGUCAUGGAGUGUGUUGCCAAUGCCAGACCCCUCGUCAAAAUGAGUAUCACUUGGAGGAAAAACGGGGUGGUGGUGAGCACUGGGAUCCGAGAUUUUGGCCGCAGAUUGGUCAUCAGUUUGCCCGUGGUCAGUGACAGCGGUUACUACGAGUGUGAGGCGUCACUCCGCAGCAGCAGCGUCCCCUCAGCCACUGCUGGGGCCUUCCUGCAUGUUCUUGAGUUUCCUCUGUUUGUCAAAGAGCCACCGAGUCAUAUCAGCGCAGAGAUGGAAAAGGUGGUGGAUAUCCCCUGUCAGGCGAGAGGCACGCCGCAGCCAGACAUUGUGUGGUAUAAAGAUGCAGUGCCCAUCAGCCCGGUGAAGAUCCCGAGGUACAGGGUGUUGGUGGGAGGCAGUCUCCAGAUCAACGGUCUCCUCCCAGAUGACACCGGGAUGUUUCAAUGUUUUGCUCGCAAUCUCGCAGGAGAGAUCCAGACAAACACCUACCUAGCUGUUACUAGCAUCGCUCCCAAUAUCACCGCCGGUCCCUCUGACAGCGCCGUGAUUGACAGCAUGUCAGUCAUCCUGCACUGUGAGACCUCGGGAGCCCCACGGCCAGCCAUCACCUGGCAGAAAGGUGAACGUGUCUUGGCCAGUGGCUCGGUCCAGCUGCCCAGGUUCACUCUGCUGGAGUCGGGCAGCCUGCUAAUCAGUCCCUCCCACCUGUCUGACGCCGGCACCUACACGUGCAUGGCCAGCAACUCCAGGGGCAUCGAUGAGGCUUCAGCUGAUCUCGUGGUCUGGGCACGAACUCGCAUCACAAAACCGCCACUCGACCAAAGUGUCAUCAAAGGGACCAAGGCCGUCAUGACCUGCGGCGUUACCCAUGAUUCCAGUGUCACCAUCAGGUAUGUUUGGGAGAAGAGCGGCUCGGUGAUUGACGUGAACACGUCGCCUCGCCUGCGGCUGGAGCCCGACGGGACCCUGCACAUCUCCCAGACGUGGUCGGGUGACAUUGGAACAUACACCUGCAGGGUGACCUCAGUGGGUGGCAACGACUCCCGCAGCGCCCACCUCAGAGUCAGGCAACUGCCCCACGCUCCAGAAAACCCAAUAGCAAUUUUGAGUGUCUCAGAGAAGAGGGCCAUCAACCUCACAUGGGCCCAGGCCUUUGAUGGAAACAGCCCCCUCAUCCGCUACAUCCUGGAAGUCUCCGAAAACAAUGCCCCUUGGACGGUGCUGCUGGCCAACAUUGAGCCAGAGUCUACCGGGGUUACCGUUGGUGGCCUCAUCCCAGCGCGUUCGUACCAGUUCCGCCUGUGCGCCGUCAAUGAUGUGGGCAGGGGCCAGUUCAGCAAAGAGACUGACCGGCUAACUCUCCCAGAGGAGCCUCCCAGUGCCCCCCCGCAGACCGUCAUCGCAAGUGGCCGCACCAACCAGUCCAUCAUCAUCCAAUGGCAGCCACCCCCGGAAAGUCAUCAGAACGGUCCACUCCAGGGCUACGUCAUCAGGUACUGUCUGUCUGGGCUUCCAGUGGAUUGCCAGAUGAAAAACAUCACCAGCCCGGACCAGACCAGUCUGCUCCUGGAGGACCUCAUCAUCUGGACCAACUAUGAGAUGGAAGUGGCAGCCUAUAAUGGAGCAGGCAGGGGCACGUACAGCCAUAAAGUCACUGAGUGGACUCUGCAAGGAGUGCCCACUGUGCCACCAGGAAAUGUACAAGCCGAGGCUGUCAACUCCACCACGGUGCGUUUUACCUGGAGUGCCCCGAGCCCUCAGUUUAUCAAUGGAAUCAACCAGGGAUAUAAGCUGUUGGCAUGGGAACCCAGUCAUGCAAAUGAGGUCACCAUGGUUACGGCGCGUCCCAACUUCCAGGAUAGUGUUCAUGUCGGCUACAUCUCCGGCCUUAAAAAGUUCACAGAGUACUUCACGUCAGUGCUGUGCUUCACUACCCCAGGAGACGGGCCCCGCAGCCCAUCUCAGCGGUUGCGCACCCAUGAGGAUACCCCUGGUGCUGUGGGACACCUCAGUUUCACUGACAUUUUGGACACCUCGCUAAAAGUCAGCUGGAAGGAGCCACAAGAGAAAAAUGGAGUUCUCACAGGCUACCGUAUAUCCUGGGAGGAGUUCAACAGGACCAAUACUCGGGUGACCCAUUAUUUGCCCAGCCUGACUCAGGAGUACAAGGUGACAGGGCUCACUGCCCUCACCACUUACACCAUCCAGGUCGCAGCCAUGACCGCCAAGGGCCAGGGCCAGCUCUCCGCUUCCACCAUCUCCUCUGGUGUGCCACCGGAGUUGCCCGGUCCUCCCACCAAUUUAGCCAUUUCCAACAUCGGCCCUCGUUCUGUGACUCUGCAGUUCAAACCCGGAUAUGACGGGAAGACAUCCAUCUCCCGCUGGCAGGUUGAAGCUCAGAUUGGCAUAAUAGGAGAAAAUGAGGAAUGGCUGAUGGUUCAUCAGCUGGCUAAUGAACCUGAUGCUCGAUCGCUGGAGGUCCUGGAGCUAAACCCUUAUACUUUUUACAGGUUCCGAAUGCGUCAGGUAAACAUCGUGGGCACCAGUCCUCCCAGUCAGCCCUCCAGGAAGAUCCAGACCCUGCAGGCCCCUCCAGACAUCUCCCCCGCCAACGUCACCCUGCGCACAGCCAGCGAGACCAGUCUGUGGCUUCGCUGGGUGCCUCUUCCAGAGUGGGAGUACAACGGAAAUCCAGAUCUCCUCGGCUACAAGGUCCAAUACUCCAAAGCCGCCUCUAAAGGGGGCGUUCUCUCUCACGUUAUCAUGGACCGGCUGGAGAGGGAGUUCACCAUCGAGGACCUGGAGGAGUGGAUGGAGUACGAGGUCAGAGUUCAGGCCAUCAAUGGUAUUGGCUCAGGACCCUGGAGCUCGCCAGUCCACGGCAGGACCAGAGAGUCUGUGCCCUCCAGCGGUCCCACCAAUGUGUCAGCCUUCGCCACCACCUCCAGCAGCAUCCUGGUGCGGUGGGGAGAAGUCCCAGCGACUGACCGCAAUGGACUCAUUUUGGGAUAUAAGGUUGUGUACAAAGAGAAGGACUCGGACAAAGCACCCGACUUCUGGACAGUGGACGGCAACACUAGCCACAGUGUGCAGCUGAGCGGUCUGGGCAAGUACGUCCUGUAUGAGAUCCAAGUGCUUGCUUUCACUCGUAUCGGAGAUGGAAGGAGCAGCUCGCCGUCCAUUCUGGAGAGGACACUGGACGAUGUGCCAGGACCUCCAGUUGGCAUUCUCUUCCCAGAAGUUAGAACCACCUCAGUCAGGCUCAUCUGGCAACCGCCCGCACAGCCCAAUGGCAUUAUCCUGGCCUAUCAGAUCACAUUCAGACGAAACUCUUCAAAUAGCAACGCCGCCACUGUAGACGUGCUGAGCCCCAGCGCGCGGCAGUACACGGCGACGGGCCUGAAGCCAGAGAUGGUUUAUGUAUUCCGCCUCACCGCUCAGACACGGAAAGGUUGGGGGGAGGCGGCUGAGGCUUUGGUGGUCACAACAGAAAAGAGAGCUCGACCCCAACCAACGAGCCGCCCUGUUGUGCCUCAAGAGGAAGUCCAGGCUCGCAGAGUGCUGUUGUCAUGGGAACCAGGCAGCGACGGCUUGUCCCCAGUUCGUUACUACACAGUCCAGUACAGAGAGCUGCCCGACAGUAACUGGACCGUCCACUCUGCAUCAGUCAGACAUGAGACACACUCCUACAUAGUGGACAGGUUAAAGCCGUUCACUUCUUACCAGUUCCGCAUUAAAGCCACUAAUGACAUCGGAGACAGUGAGUACAGUCAGGAGAGCGAAGCCAUCACCACGCUACAAGAUGCCCCAGACAAAGCCCCAACAAUUAUGUCUGUUACACCUCACACAACCACAUCUGUGCUGGUCCGUUGGCAGCCUCCGUCUGAGGAUCACAUAAACGGGGUCCUGUUGGGGUUCAGGGUCCGAUACCGAGAGUUACAUUACGACAGGUUGCGCAGCUUCACCGUCCGUACGGUCAACAGUCCUUCUGCCAACUGGGCUGAUCUCACCGCUCCUUACAGUGUCAGGAACCUGAGUGAAUCCUCACUCACCCAGUAUGAACUGGAUAAUUUGAGUAAACACAAACGCUAUGAGAUCCGUCUCAGUGUGUACAACGCUGUGGGGGAGGGUCCGAGCAGCACGCCACAGGAAGUGUUUGUUGGAGAGGCGGUUCCAACAGCCCCUCCCCAAAAUGUGGUGGUCCAGUCCUCAACAGCCACACAGCUGGAUGUCACAUGGGACCCUCCUCCUCUGGAUGCUCAGAAUGGGGACAUACAGGGUUACAAGAUAUAUUUCUGGGAGUUCCAGCUCCAGAAUGAGACGGAGCGCCUGCGUACGCUGUUCCUGCCGGAGCUCGGUGUGAAGCUUAAAAACCUGACAGGCUACACCACCUACAUGAUGAGCGUGGCGGCCUUCAACGCUGCAGGGGAUGGACCCCGCUCCCUGCCCACCAGAGGGCGCACUCAGCAAGCAGCCCCCAGUGCUCCCAGCUUCGUCCACUUCAGUGAGUUGACCACCACCUCCGUCAACGUGUCAUGGGGAGAGCCCAAGCAGCCAAACGGCAUCAUUGAGGGAUACCGCCUGGUUUACGAGCCCUGCACUCCAGUCGAUGGUGUCAGUAAGAUAGUGACAGUAGAUGUGAAGGGCAGCACUCCCUUGUGGAUGAAGAUCAAAGACCUGGCCGAUGGUGUCACCUACAACUUCCGCAUCCGAGCUAAAACGCUCACUUACGGGCCAGAGGUCGAAGCCAACAUAACCACUGGGCCGGGAGAAGGAGCCCCGGGCCCUCCUGGAGAACCCUUUAUCUCUCGUUACGGCACCGCCCUCACGCUGCACUGGACGAGUGGCGAUCAAGGUCGUGCACCCAUCACCAGAUACGUUAUUGAAGCCAGACCCUCUGAUGAAGGAUUGUGGGAUAUCCUUAUCAAAGACAUUCCUAAAGAAGUGACAUCCUACACACUUAACCUGGACAUGCUAAGAGAAGGGGUCACCUAUGACUUUCGAGUAAUAGCAGUCAAUGACUACGGAUAUGGAUCUCCCAGCGCUCCUUCCCCUUCCAUAUCAGCCCAGAAAGUUUCUCCCUUCUAUGAGGAGUGGUGGUUCCUGGUUGUGAUUGCUCUGGUUGGCCUCAUCUUCAUCCUCCUCCUUGUUUUCAUUCUCAUCAUCCGAGGCCAGAGUAAAAAAUACACCAAAAAAGCAGAUUCAGUGUCGUCCUCCUACCCCUGUCCAGGCAACCACUCCAACUGCACAGCGCUGCCCCUGACCCAUGGAGAAAUGGUGCGCCUGGACGAGGGACGCUUCCCGGCCCUGGAGCUCAACAACAGACGCCUCUCCAUGAAAAACUCAUUUUGCCGCAAGAACGGCAUCUACACACGUUCCCCACCAAGACCGAGCCCUGGAAGUCUGCACUACUCAGACGAGGAUGUCAGCACUAAGUAUAAUGACCUGAUUCCUGCAGAGAGCAGCAGUCUGACAGAGAAACCCUCUGAGAUAUCUGACUCUCAGGGCAGCGACAGCGAGUAUGAGAUGGAUCAGAGCCGACAGAAGACGCACUCCUUUGUCAACCACUACAUCAGUGACCCCACCUACUACAACUCGUGGCGGCGGCAGCAGAAGGGCGUCUCUCGUCCACCGGCGUACGGCUACUCUCAGCCCGAGCCCCUGGUGGAACAGGAGUCGCGGCAGCACCCCCCGCCCGUGCCCCCUCUGCCUCCUCUGCCCCCUCUCCUCCCCCAGAGCGCCCCAUCCCCGCAGCCACAGUGCCAGGGCCAGGGCACUCUGUUCAGGCCAAAGGGAAGCCGGACUCCCACCCCCUCCCUGCUGUCCUCCGAGCCCCCCAGCCAGCACAGCACCCUGUACCGGCCCCCCAGCAGUCUGGGCUGUGCCACUCAGGCACCUACCGCAGGCUUCUCCUCUUUUGUUUGACACACAGCUCUCCUUCCAAUAACAACAGGACCCUGAGGACGAGUCUUUGAUUUUGUUGUUGUUGGUUUAUUUGUAUUUCACUCUUUCUUUUUGAUCCUUCUGGGUUUUUUUUCUCAGCUCUAUUUUAUUGACAGAGUUGUUGCUCAAUAUUAAGCAUUGCAGGCAUCUUGAAUAGCGCUUUCUUCUCUGUAAAGAGUGUGUGUGUAUGACUGUGUGUAGCGCGUAUGGUUGGUUUGUCCAUGUGAUGUAUAUUUCAUGAAAAGACAAUCAUUUGAAAGUUUAUAUGCGUCGCUUGAGUACAUUUAUUUGAAGGUUCAACAAGACGAACAAGGGAUAAAAAGAACCUGAGGUUCUGAAAAAAACAAAUCCUUGUUUUAAAAUGCUGUAUCAUUGUUUAAUAUGAGAGCUUUAUGGAAAAAAACAUCACCUUAGAAUCAUAGUUUAUGGACCACUUGGCUUGCUGAGACUGGACAAUGGAAAAUCAACCACUGAUGGAAAACUGUGAUGAUUGAAAAGAGGACAAACGUAAAGUGAGAACUGGACUCUGACUUGACGGGAGGCAGGAAUGGCCACUGUGGCUGUUGGCUGCCUCUGAGUUUCUCACUCUGCCUAAUCACUGUUAUCUCCACCAAGGGGGUUUUCACACGUGUCUGUUUAUUUGUCGGCAAGAUUAUGCAAGAAGUACAAAACUGAUUAGCACCAAACUUGGUGGAGUGAUGUGACGUGGUCUGAAAAAAUAACAUUACAUUUUUAGGCAGAUUUGGAUCAUUGACUAUGAAUUUGAAUUGGUUGCCCUGAGGUCUGGUGUAUGUUGUUUGACGUCGGCCUCUGCAAAGGUGCGAGCUCUCUACUGAGUGCCAUCCUAGUUGGAACUGCAUUAUGUGUUUACUGUAUGUACUUGUAUUAUAUUGUUUACAAGAUAUUUAUAUCAAUCAGCUUCGAACAUUUCCAGAACAUCACUAGUGACAAUGUUAUGAAUCACAUUAAAGCAUUGUGGCACCUUUUAUAGUAGUCUGGGGAAUAUGUUAAUUGUGUGCUGGUGUCAGUAGAUAUACAAACUUAGGUAACUUUAUUAACAUACAUUGUUUUGCCUUUGUGUUUACACACAGAA